AUGGAGAAGGAGCCCAUUGAGAGAAUAUUCUGUAGUAGCAGAGAAGCAGUCGGUACACGGGAGCCUGAAAGAGCCCAUGGAGCCCGCGAUUGGGAUACGGUGGCCUUGAAGGAGUACGGAGGCCGAGAAAGAGCAGAGAAUUGGAGGAGGGAUCCGGGAAAGGGCAACGAUCGCCUUCAACUGGAGAGUUCAAUGGAUGAGAGUAAGCUACGGGCUCCGGACCCAGGAGCUCAGCUCGGAGUUUCCAGUUGUCUGGGAAAAUGCCAGGAGAGCUCACCAGAUGCCAGGAGGCAGCCCUUUUCUGGAAAGUCCUUCUACUUGGAUCUGCCUGCCGGCAAGAACCUCCAGUUUUUGACAGGGGCCAUUCAGCAGCUGGGUGGGGUAAUUGAGGGAUUUCUGAGCAAAGAAGUAAGUUACAUCGUGUCCAGCCGCAGGGAGGCGAAGGCCGAGAGCAGCAGGACAAGUCCCAGAGGCUGCCCCAGCCCCAGCGAGGUCACAGUGGACACACCGCCGAAAGCCAGCCGUGCCAGGCCCGCACAGAAGGCCAUGGACCCAGUGCCUCUGAGCAGAGGGAAGGAGCUCCUGCAGAAGGCCAUCAGAAACCAGGGCAGCAGCAGCGGAGGCGGCAGUGGGCACAGCAGCAGCCUCCUGAGCAACGCCCGCUCCUGGGGAGUGCAGAUUCUCCACGUGGACGAAAUGCUGAUACGGGUGCAGCAACUGUCUCUUGAUGCUCCACGUGUGAAGAAACAAGGGCUGAAGAAGCCAGAGGGAACAUGUCCAGCAGAGUCAAGAACACGGAAAGUGGCCAGACUGAAGGCACCCUUCCUCAAAGUCGAAGAUGAGAGCAGGAAGUUUCGUCCUUUCCACCUUCAGUUUAAAUCCUUUCCUGAAAUUUCUUUUCUGGGACCCAAAGCUGCCAGUCCUUUUGAGGCCCCGAUGACUCCGAGCAGCUCGCACCAUACCAGAGAAGCCAAGGACCAGGAGCCAAGCCGGCGAUCCGCCGCCUGCACUGUGCCCAGGAGGAGGAAAGGGUACUGUGAGUGCUGCCAAGAAGCCUUCGAGGAGCUGCACAGGCAUCUCCAGAGCCCCCAGCACCAGGACUUUGCCCUGGAAGCCCACCUGUAUGCCGAAGUCGAUCGGAUCAUCGCCCAGCUGACCCAUAGCUUUGCAGACGUGCCCUUCCAGGCCAGCCUCGCCGGGCAGCCAGGCUCCCUGACUUCCGACUGUGACCCUCUGUGUCCUGAGCCUCUGCCUCCCCUCUGGCCCUCCCCUCUCAAGGCAGCGUCUCCCUGGAGGAGGAAAGACGAUCAUCACCAGGCCCCAGGUGCCUCCGAGCAUGGUGGGACAGUGGGCGGCGUGAAGGCAGCGGCAGAACCUGUGGAGGCUGGCGAGAUUCCUGGACCGAUAGCAAGCUGCCAGGAGCUGAAGGGGUCAGCUGACAGCUUUGUGGACCCCCCAGACACCCCAGGGUCUGGGAGCCCUGCUCACCAGGGCCUCCUAACCAGCUCUGGACUUGCUGAACUCUCCUCUGGCCCAGACCUGCCUCUUUUUGGCCACAAGCGGAAGGUUCAGUUCCCCAGUGGCAAUGCCGAGAAGAGGCCGGGUGCAUCCUGGCCACAAGCCUCACUCUUUAUCCCGAGAGCCCCCAGCCCCUGUGGCACCCCCAGCUCCCAUGGCAUCAGGACAACCAGCAGCAAGCACCUUCCCCUUCCAGGCCAUGAGCCCAGGUCUCUGGCCUCCCUCCAGCCUGUGCACCACCCACAGGAAGAGACCUGCCUCUCCCUCCCAGGCAGCCCCCAAGUAGGUUGGCAGAGUGCUGGGCCACACAGGCCCCCUGGCCUGGGGGAGGAAGGCCUCCAGGAUCUAAGGGCUCUGAGGAUGCCGCCUCUGGCCCUGUCUCCCAGUAGGCUGAGCAGCUCCGGGCCAGCUGCCAGCCCACCUGCCCUCAGCUGCAGGCACAGAGCCCCCGGGAGGACCUGCAGAGAGCCCGGCUGCCUCUCCCCGCCACACUCUGCCAGCCAGCGGGGAGACCAGCUGCUCCCAAUGGUUCUGGACCUCCCAGCCUCUUCCAGGCCCCUGACUCCCAACCCCAGCCCACUGCCAACAGAGAACUACUUCUAUGAGUCCCCACCCACCCCUGGGUAUGCAGCUCGGGAGCCUGACAGCUCCCAACUCGAGGGCAAGUUAUAUGUCAGCUGAGGGCUGCACACCCAGCCCAGGCCGACCAGACACAAGGAGGAGCCAAUGCGGAGUCUGGCCCUGGACAAUCAUGGCCGAGCUCUAGGUGCAUUAGAUGGAGCCAGUCCUCCCAGCCACCAGGUCUUCGGGGCUGGGGGCUGCCCUCUCCAGCGGUGGAUUGUGCAGCCGCGGCCAGCUGCUCAGGCCAGGAGGCAGGGGCAAGGUUGGCACAGGGAGGGCCCACAGAGAAGCCAGAGCAUCAGGAGCCCUGGCCUGGCUUCCUGUCCCUCUGCAGGCACUUGCUCAGCCAGAGGGUUAGUUGUCGGUGUUCCCCACCCCCACCCCAGCCUCCUUUCCCACAAGCGUGUGGCUCUCCUGCUUUCCGAGAUGCCUGCGUGUUGUCCCCUCCCCCAGCCCCCCACGCUGGUGCACCCAGAUCCUCAGGAACAUAUGAAGCAGAGGAGGGGCUCGGCUGCGCCACUUCCAAAGCUCCCUCCCCGCUGCACUUAGUGGGGGGCCCAGCACUGACCCCUCCCCUGAGCCCAGGACAUGGCCUGAGCCCCCUCUGGGGACCCCUCUCAGCUCUUCCCUGCCGCCUCAGCUCCGGCUGCCCACCCAGAGUUCUGUUCCAGGGUGAGUUGCUCACCUGCCAACUUCUGCAUCCCCCUCCUUCCCCAAGGACCUCCCCCCAUUUCUUUCAGCUGAGCCAUUAAUCUGGAGACAGAGAUGAGUUUGCUAUCGAUUCUUUGGCCACUUUUUUUUUUUUUUAUUAUUACAUCUUGUACUGUGGUUCUUCUCACCCUUCUCUGCCUCUGUGUUUGUCUCUUUAAAUGUUGAAGCUACCAGAAGCCUGGUGCUAUUCUGUAUCUCAUUUUGGAGGAAGAAAGGGAGGGGGGGCCCUAGAUGCAGGUGAGGACCUGAGUUGUUAGUUUGGAAAUAGAAUGGCUAUGUGUACAAUGCUCACAGAAAUCAGGUUUGGCCUUUUCAUGCCAUCCCGUUAAAUUUCACAAUUAAUCUUGGUUCAGGAGAUGUAAAAUAAAUUUAUUAAUAACAAAUAGCAAAGAAAUGGGGCUGGCAUGUGAUGUGUCUUGAUCUGCCCUUCAGGGCCUUGAUCUGCCCUCCAGGGACCCACGCAGGCUGACAGCCCAGCAGAUACAGACAGAACGACGGGGUAGCAAGCUGGUGCCACCUGCAAGUGGGGGAGCGUGUGUGGGUGCCACCACCCUCCGCGGGCCUAGCUCCAGAGGUCUCGGGAGGUGGGGGUAUGCCUGUCCAUUCUGCAAGUCACUCCCUGGCCCUGCUGCCCACCUCGUAGCUGCCUGAAGGGGGCGCACUUGCCACCCACUCCCAAGGAAAAUGCCUUUGCUCUAAGGAACCAGGGCUCCAGGUCCUCCUCUCUGCCUGGAGCUCAGAGAGUAGCUUCUUUCCAGGUCCUAUGGGUGCAUCUCUUCUGCAAUACAGGGGCAUGCCUCAUCCACCACGGCCUUUCCCGCGACACUGCCACUUGAGUAGGGAGCUCCCCCGCCCUUUCCUCAGACCUCUGAGAGCUUCAUGUGCUAUUCACUCAAAGACCAACACACCAGGUCUUGACGCCCUCGUCACCGUCUGCCCAGGACCUCGCAUCCAACUAUAGAGCCUUCCCCUCCCAUUUCAACAACUUGACGUGACAUCUGGACAUCACAUCGCUACCAUGUCAAGCCCCAGCGUUACAUCUCCCUGCCUCCGGGUCUCUGUCCCAUCUUCUAGGAUGUCAGUUGAGAGAGGAACCCAGGCCACCUGAGCCCAGAGCCAGGACAGCGAGGUGCUGCUUGACGCAAGCCCCUCAGUGGCUCCUCCACACGGGGACUGUUCACACCUCCUUCCCCUCCCUUCGUCUCAGAGGAUGCUGUGUGCCGCCGUCUGCUCUCCGGCCCACCCCACCAGCCUUGGCAGUGUCCUCCUCCGGCUCGUCACCUCUCCUUCCUUCUGCCCGAAAACUCCAGCCUGGAGAACACUUGCAUUGAUUCAGCAGCUUAAAGAGAGUUCCCUUCUGUUCUCUGGCUACAUCCUGCGGUCUACAGCCACUGCCUCCGUGCCCGAACCUCCUGCCCCGUCCAAACCUCCGCGGUGGCUCUACCCAAAGCACUCCACCGGGAUCGUCCCUCCCAAGGUCACCGGAGAACCUGAUAAUGACCAAAAUUGGCAUCCUUUUCUUUUUUUCCACCUUGCUGGAACCUGGCUCCCCUCCUCCCGCUGACCUCAGGUUCCCCAGCCUCUGCCCUCUCUACCACAGGCACGGGUUCCCUCAGCAGCCCCAGCCCCCAGCCCCCCUGCCCUCACUGCCUCUCCAGAUGUGAGUCUGCGCCCUUGUGCUCACCUCCCAGCUCUGGUUCUUUGAGUGAAUUGGUAGCUCCACCCCUGACUCCCUUCUGAGUUCCAGUCUUCACCCAUGCUGGGUGAGAAGGCAGGAGAUUUAGCCGCACUCAACACAAGGCCCUUUACUACCCUGGGUCUUGGUUUCCUCAUCUUUAAGUGAGGGGCUCGUGUGAGAUAACUUCAAGGGUCCUUUCUCCAAUAAUUAAAAAAACCACCACCUCCUGGGAAUCCCUUGUAUGCCUCCUGUCCUACUUGCCUCAGAGGGACUCACCGAGAACUCAGUCCCUGUCCCAGAACCACUCCCCGGCCCGCCCCGUCUUACAUCUCUCCCACUUUUCUCUAGCAGCCCCAGGCCCUCCUGUUCUCUCUCCCUGUUGACCCUCCUCCCCUUAACCCACCCUGCCUCCCUGUCCUCUCCGCCACCUCCUGCCAGACCACCCUGGGCCAUCCAGCCCCCGUGUGCUUGCUCUUAGGCCCUGACCUGACCCUUGACAACAGCCAGAAUGUUCUUCAAGGCACAGCCUCCAUAUUCUCCAUGAAUCCUAUAGACUUCAAGUCAUGCAGGCCUGAGUUCAAACCCAGAUCCUGCCACUCUGUGACCCAGGGCAAACUCCUGAAAGUCAGCUUUCUAAAUCUAAAGAAUAGAAGUAAGAGUCGUUGCCACCUUACUAGGGAGUCAGAAUGAAACCUUGGUCUUCCCCUGGUGGCUCAGUGGUAAAGACUCCACCUGCCAGUACAGGAGACAUGGGAAGCUCCUACAGUCCUCAGAGCAACUAAGCCUGUGGGCCACAGCUGUUGAGCACACGCUCUAUCGCCCGGGAGCUGCAAGCACUGAGCCCAUGUGUCACAACUACUGAAACCCGCGUGCCCUAUAGUCUGUGCUGCAACAGGAGAAGCCACCGCAACGAAAGGACUGCACACCACAACUAGAGAGUAGCCCCCGCUCGCUGCAACUAGAGAAAGCCCACGCAGCAACAAAGACCCA